AGUCCACUGGCUUUUAUACACUAGGUGCACUUGAGUCAAGCUAGAGAAGAGCUGAGCUCUGAGAUCUGCCACUACUGCCUGCCACCAGGAGUUUAAGUGCAUUAAACUGCAGGACAACCAGAAGGAAACAGGAAAAACCCAGCACUUUUUGUCCUUUUUCUUUUCCAACACAACAACAAAAAAGGAUUAAAAUUCAUCUUUUUGAACCACCUCCCCCAAUUCCUCUUCUGAAUUACACCAGGACUUUAAAAGCAUGGCAGAGCAGAAGAGGCAGGUGUCUCUGACCCAGGCUGUGACCCUAGCACUAGUACUGCUCACCUCAGCCGCUUCGGCAGAGGAGUAUGACUACUACAGCUGGCAAUCGGACAAUUUCCACAACGGCCGCUUCUAUGCCAAGCAACCACAGUGUGUGGAUAUUCCAGCCGACCUGCGGCUCUGCUACAACGUGGGCUACAAAAAGAUGCGCCUGCCCAACCUACUGGACCACGAGACCAUGCCUGAGGUCAAGCAGCAGGCGGGCAGUUGGGUGCCCCUUCUGGCAAAGCGAUGCCACGCUGACACGCAGGUGUUCCUCUGCUCUCUUUUUGCUCCAGUGUGCCUGGACCGGCCCAUCUACCCCUGCCGGUCUCUGUGCGAGGCAGUGCGGGACAGCUGCGCUCCGGUCAUGGAGACCUACGGCUUUCCCUGGCCGGAGAUGCUGCAGUGCGAGAAGUUUCCCAUCGACAACGAUCUGUGCAUUCCCAUGCAGUUCUCCGCGGGUCACGCCACUCAGACUCCAGUUUCAAAAGUGUGUCCACCCUGUGACAACGAGUUGAAAGCCGACACCAUAAUGGAGCACUACUGCGCCAGUGAUUUUGCACUCAAGAUGAAGAUUAAAGAGGUGAAAAAGGAAAAAAGCGACCGCAAGCUCAUCGCAGCACAAAAGAAGAAGAAGGUUCUGAAGAUGGGAAUACUGAGGAAGAAAGACCUGAAGAAGCUCACGCUAUACAUCAAGAAUGGAGCAAACUGUCCCUGCUCGCAACUGGACAAUCUCGGGAGCAACUUCCUCAUCAUGGGCCGCAAAGUGGACCAGCAGUUACUGCUCAUGUCCAUCCACAAGUGGGACAAAAAGAGCAAGGAACUCAAGUAUGCCAUUAAAUACAUGAAGUCUCAUCAGUGUCCCACCUAUCACACGGUCUUCCAGUGACCAAUGACUCUUCUGUCUAUAGCGGGCCCUGCGUCUUCCAAUAACUCUUUCAGAGACCGUAUCCAUGCCUAAUUUCCGACAGUUAGUACAGAUGUAUUUCAUUACUCAAGAAAUGGCUUUUGGAAACUGCUUAGGACUUAAUUCAUCAUCAAGUACAGCUACAUUCUGUUGGCAACUAUCUACAUAAAAUGUAUUGUUUAUGCAGCAAUCAGUACACUUAUGAUGCUCAUGCAUAUUUUAGUGAUACUUUCCCGGUUCCCUCAUUCAGAGCACAAGCUAUGAGACUUUUCAGAAAGACUUUGACAACCCAUUCAGUCAAUGUGAGAAAAAGAAAAUUGUGAACAAGAGCUUUAAAGAGUGCACUCGGUUAAUGAGCGCAUAUUUGAUUUCAAUGGCCAGAUCCCACUCAAACGAAUGAAAAACAUAGUGCCAACUGGUUUUUAUUUGUAUCUUUUAUUUUGUAGAUAAGGAAUAAAAAGUUUUUAUUAUAUACUUAAGAAGAUACAGUCGUGAUCAUUAGUACCAGGAUGGGACACGACUCCAGUUGAAUCGUGGGAGGUAAGAAAGCUGAUGGAUUGUAAAGUGUUGGCCAGGACGGCAGCCCAAAUACUCCAACCGCAGCCCUGUGAGCAAGUCCGGACCAUUUCUCUGCUCAACAUAUCAGCCAGCUUAUGACAGACUCUGGACUCAUUCAAGCAGUUUGGUUGGUGAGGUGUUUGUUCAUGUUUUCUAUACAGUGUGCAACAUUAUUUUUUACUAAAAUGAUUAUAUAUUGCUACAAAUAUACAUACAUGGUAUGGAAAAAAGCCUUCCAACAUUACAUCGGAGUUCACUGUAAUAAAAGUUAAAAUCUAACAUUGCUAGUUCUGUUUAAUCAGAGAUCUGGAACCUUUUUAACAAUAUUACCCUAUGUCAUUGGUGACAUUUGCACAUCAUAGAGAUUUUAUCAGUUUGUUAUUUAUCUUCAGGAAUUAGUAAUCGUUCACCCAAAAAUGAAAUACCUGUCGUUUACUCUCCCUCUAGUCAUCUCAAAACUCUGAAUUUCACAAAAAAAAGGAGAAAUUUACAGUGGAAAAUUACUUAUAUUUUGGCUCUGUCUGAUGUUGUACAAACUACUUUUAUAAUCAUUUUAUGGUGUUUUAUUGUCAUUUUUGAGUUUAACAGCAUAUGCACAUUCACUUUCACUGCAUGGAAUAGAGCAUCUCCAAAACAAUCCCUGAUGAUGACAGAAUUUUUCUGUUUUAUUUUUAUUUUUAUUUUUUGUCUAAACUAACCCUAAGGCAACAUGCUAUUCAUUUAAAAUAAUGACACCGCACAACAUAAAUACACACCAAAACCACAAAUGGAGAUGUAAUGAGCUCAGUCUAAAACAGGGAAUGUUCAAAAUCAGAUAAAGACUGACACUACAGUACAUGCAUUUCCUUUUGCCAACAGUUGCUCUUAAGAACAAACCUAAGUGCCAACCUGUUUAAACAAGUCAGGCAAAUGCCCAAUUCAGUGCCACUCUCUGUAAAAAGUGAAUAGGCACUGAAAAAAAAAAAAACAGUGGAAUUUAUCUGAGAUCAAGGAACAAAUGCCUCCUUCAGCCUCCAGUGGAUACUGGUAUUGUGAUUCAUGGGUAAGCAACCUCUCAUUACUGGCCUAUUGUCUGUGGGGAUCUGCCAGCUCAUGCCACCCCCACCUCUCACAUUCAAACACUCUCCACACAGCUUACACCAAACACAACACCACAGUCUGAUCUGGGUUCCCUGUACAGAGUCACAGAGCCGUCUCAAACAUCAGCUGAUCACCAGAGGUGUUACCAACAAAUGUGUGCUGUCCAAUUACAGGAUGUGCACCACCAUAUAGUUUUAUACAUACAGUAUAUAUGCAUGUGUUUCUGGAUAUAGAAAUAUGUACAUAUACACAAGAUUUUUGUAUAUCGUUGGUUUAGCUACAUCUGCUAACAACACAUCCUGUUCUAAUACGUUUAAACAUACUAUCCAGCAUGAAUUGAAAAAUGCACCCUAUAUCUGUUAUCUAAAUGCAUUUAAAAUAUUUAAAAUAUGUUAUCCAGUGAAACGAUAGACUUUUCUCUGGUGACAUAUGCAGGACUCCUCUAAUAAUCUAGUCUGUUAGAAUCACAUUCAAGCCUUCAUUUUUGAUUGCAAAGCCCACAUCUUAAAAUCCAAUCAGCAAUCGAUGCAUAGAACCAAGAACCUGCCCUGCAUUUUUUUCCUUUUUCAAUGUUACAUUCAGUUGUACAUCUGUCACUACUUCCGAUUCAUCACAAGAUUCACUGAUAAAAUGGUACUUGUUGCAAUUUGUUUAUAUGAACUUAAAGGCUUUCCUGAGUUCUUUAAACUAAUAGAACUUUUUAUUCCAAAAAUAUUCCUAAAGCUAUUAAAAUGUGUUUGUCAUUCACGCACCCUCAUGACUCU